CAAAUUUAUUUAGUGACAUGUUUGUUACUGUGCUGCACGGUACGGCUUCGAGUUUUUUUAUUUAAUAUUUCUUAGUAGUAUCUCAAAAUGGGAAUCAAAGAAGCGAAUAUUUAUUUGGAUAACCAAUGGAACACGUACUACGCCGGGCAAACUAUUAAUGGAAGAAUAGAAUAUGUGUUUGAUAGCCCUAAGAAAGUUCGAGGUAUUCAUGUCAAGAUUAAAGGAGAAGCGCACACUGAGUGGCGUGAGAGUAGAAAUGAAGAAAAUUCCGAAGGGAAGACAGAAUCUACUGAUACCAUGCACACAGGUCAUGAGGAGUACUUCCAGGUCUCAUACUAUUUGCUGGGCAGCAAUUCAGGCAAUGAAAUAGAAAUUCCUGCUGGUAAACAAGUGUACAACUUUACUUGUACCCUGCCUCCCGUGCUGCCUUCGUCAUUCGAAGGUCAAUAUGGCUACAUCCGGUAUACAGUCAAGGUCACCCUGGAUAGGCCUUGGAAGUUUGACCAAGAGACAAAGAUGGCUUUCACUGUGCUUAAUGCAUUUGAUUUGAAUCUCAACCCGUCUUAUAAGGAACCAAUCCACAUUCAACUGGAGAAGACAUUCUGCUGCUUCUGUUGUGCGUCUCCGCCGCUGUCGGUAGACGUGCGAGCACCGGUGUCCGGCUAUGUUCCCGGUCAGAAGAUACCCAUCAGAGUAGAGAUUGAAAACAAGAGCAAUGUGCAGCUGCAUCUUGUUAAGAUGUUCUUGAGAAAGGUGGUGACAUACAGGGCUACAUCACCUACGAACCAAACGAAGAAAAUCAAAGAUAUAGUUCUAACAAUACAAGAAGGGCCCGCCCCAGCUGGCACAACAAAGAGCUGGGAUUUGGUUAUGGAAGUGCCCCCCAUUCCGCCUUCCGAUCUUGUCAACUGUAACAUUAUCGAUUUGGAUUACGACUUCAAGGUGGAAUGUGUAGUAUCAGGCAUGCAUUUGAACAUGAGCGGCAAGAAGUACAUUGCCAUCGGUACGGUGCCUCUAGUCGGCAUGGUGGGACAAGCGGUGCCAACCGCCCCGGUGACUGAUGCCGUGGCGAACGGAGACUCGGGACCUUAUUCGCCGAGCCAGCCAGCUGUGCUGCCUGUCAGUCCCGGACAGCCUUACGCACCUUCAGCCCCGGGCGCUCCAGGCGGCGAGGCGGGCGCGCCGGGCGGGUGGGUCGUACCCGGCGCCCCGCCGGAACAGCCGCCAUACCAGUCCUUGUACCCGACUUUAUCCAACCCAGUUUACAAAGAAUCUCCAUACACUGCGCGCACAAUUCAAGAACGGGGUGAAUCUAACCACAUGAUGAUAAGAGGGCCGACCAACUUCGCUCCGUACUAUCCUACUUACGCAGCCGUCCAGCCUCCGCCAUUACCUCAGUAAUCAGUUCAAACUCUCGAAUAUAACAGCAGAGCUUAGCAUUUUUAUACAUAUUUAAUUUUGAAUUCAUUUACAAAUAUUUAUAUAAUAUAUUCCUUAUUAAAUUAGGCCUACAGCCUUUUGGCAGUUGUGAAACUAACAUUGAUAUUUUAUGCAGAGGGAAUGUAUGCAAUGUAUAUUUAUGAACUAAUAAAAUAUGUGCUAUAUUUGAUAAGCUAUAAAUGUGCACAGCCCUACAAUUUAUUGUGUCUCAGUAUGCAUAAGAACAAUGUAAUCUCAAUCGAUGUAACGACAGCACAAGUCGAAUUCGCUCAAGUUUAUUACUUUUUGCCGCCAAGUAGAAAAUUGAAAAAAAUAAAA